CGGGUGGCUGACUGCGGGCGGUGGGCUGCGCGUCGGCUGCGGGGCUUGGUUCCCCGGUCCCGCCCCGCCAAGCCCCGCCCCUCCGCCCGCGGGCGCAACCACGGAACCGCCGGUCCCCGGGCCAGCCUGGGGCGGCCGGCCCGAAACCACCCGAUAAGGGAUGGUGAAGUUGGAGAAAGGCUCCUUUACCCCUCCUCCAGGAUGAACCCCCUGCAAGAAGACAUGGAGAGCGCUCUCACAGGGAGUCAGAGCCCUCACGCUUCUUUGCGCGACGUUCAUUCCAUCAACCCCACACACCUCAUGGCCAGGAUCGAGUCUUACGAAGGAAGGGAGAAGAAAGGCAUAUCUGAUGUCAGGAGGACUUUCUGUUUGUUUGUCACCUUUGACCUCUUAUUUGUAACAUUACUCUGGAUAAUAGAGUUAAAUGUGAAUGGAGGCAUUGAGAACACAUUAGAGAAGGAGGUGGUGCAGUAUGACUACUACUCCUCUUAUUUUGAUAUAUUCCUUUUGGCAGUUUUUCGGUUUAAAGUGUUAAUACUUGCAUAUGCUGUGUGCAGACUGCGCCAUUGGUGGGCCAUAGCGCUGACGACAGCAGUGACCAGUGCCUUUUUACUCGCAAAAGUGAUCCUCUCAAAGCUUUUCUCCCAAGGGGCUUUCGGCUACGUGCUCCCCAUCAUUUCAUUCCUCCUUGCCUGGAUUGAGACGUGGUUCCUGGAUUUCAAAGUCUUACCUCAAGAGGCAGAAGAGGAAAAUAGACUCCUGAUAGUUCACGAUGCUUCAGAGAGGGCGGCACUUAUACCUGGUGGUCUUUCAGAUGGUCAGUUUUAUUCUCCACCUGAAUCUGAAGCAGGAUCUGAAGAAGAAGCUGAAGAAAAACAGGACAGUGAAAAACCACUUUUGGAACUAUGAGUACUACUUUGGUUAAAUGUGAAAAUCCAUCACUGAAAGUCACUGGAGGGAAGAAAAAGGACCAGAGCUGGGUCUUCCUAUUGAAAGUUGAAGGUGACAUCCACUGCUGACUUUAAUGAAUGGCUAAUAAAGAAUUUAUUUAUUGUAAUACCUCAUAGACAUUGUACCAGAUCACGUACAUUUAGGACCUGCCUGUGGCUGGUAAGAUAAUGUGAUGAUGCAUCCUGUGUUAGUGAGACUGAGUCUGAUCUGUUCAUGAAUAGUUGGAGCAAAGUCUUGUGCUGUAUUCCCGAUCAAAAGACUUAUGAAUAUAUUGGAAUAACACUUUUUUAGUAAGCAGAGUAUCUUUUUAUUUGAUUUGCAGUUUGGAAUUUUUUGUUUCAUGUCUCAGAUUUCUUUUGUAUUUCUUUUGUAACACCCAACAUUUCCCUUGUGUUUUUUAACUCACGCUUAUGCGCUCUUUGUACAAUUUUAAAAAGUAAUAAAUACCAACAUAUCAAAAUGGUUCAUUUUAUCUUUCUUGUUUUGCAUUAUGUAUUUGGCUUGAAGUAUUGGAAUUACCAAAGGGGCCCAGGAGGGAAUGUGAGUACAUGUACAGCAUAACCAUUUUUGUAUUAUUUUCAUUAUGAAAUAGCAUCUUUCUCUGAGACGUAUGGUUCUGAAAUAGUGAGACUCUUUAUUUUGAAUCUACAGUCUGAACUCAUUGCCAUCAUUUCUCUUUGUGUGGCUAAUUUGAAUUAAAAUAAACUAAAUUA